CUCACUCUCCACGUCCAUGCAACAAACAAUUAUCUGUGUUUGUUUGAAGUUAUUGUAUAGCGAUUCAGAUGGGCUUUUGCGAAGGGCGUUUCUUGCAGUUCUUGCUGCUGUGGUGGCUGGGUUUACAGUUCUUUCUGCAGUUGUUUAUGCCUAUUCUAUUAAGGGGUGACUAUAUAUCUUUUUUCUUUGGAGAGUGGUGGAUCAGUUGAUUUUUUAACGAAUAUGCAUUGGGUUGGUGAAUGGAAAGAUAUAAAUCAUUGUGAAUGGAUGGUGAAAGCAUACAUGGUGGGAGUAGCAGUUUUCGAAGAUGGAAUUCUUCAAGGUGGAGAAGCAAUGCUGAGAUGUUUUCACUAUCUUCGAGAGAAGAAGACGACGAAGCAGCUCUGAAAUGGGCUGCACUUGAGAAAUUGCCUACAGUUGGUCGUAUGAGGAAAGGCUUACUGACUACAUCGCAUGGAGUUAAUGAAGUCGAUACACAUAAUCUUGGAGUCCAAGAAAGGAUGGGACUGAUAGGAAGAUUGGUAGGAAUUACUGAAGAGGAUAACAAAAAGUUUUUGUUGAAGCUCAAGGGCCGCUUUGACAGAGUUGGAAUCGACUUUCCUACAAUUGAAAUUCGGUUUGAGAAUUUAAAUAUCGAAACAGAAGCAGAUGUUGGAAGCAGGGCUCUGCCAACAUUUGUCAACUUCUUUGUUAAUGCAUUAGAGGGAUUUUUGAAUUCUGUCCAUAUUCUUUCAACUAGAAAGACAGACUUGACUAUUCUCAAGAAUGUUAGUGGAAUCAUCAAACCAUCCAGACUGACUUUGCUAUUGGGUCCUCCAAGUUCUGGAAAGACCACGCUUUUAAGGGCUUUGGCUGGAAAGCUUGAACCCUCUCUAAAGCUUUCUGGGAGAGUGACAUACAAUGGCCAUAGCAUGAAUGAGUUUGUGCCCCAAAGAACUGCAGCCUAUAUCAGUCAGCAUGAUCUCCAUGUGGGAGAAUUAACAGUGAGGGAAACCUUGGCUUUUUCUGCAAGGUGCCAAGGAGUUGGGAUGAGAUAUGACAUGUUAUCAGAGUUAUUAAGAAGAGAGAGAGAAGCUAAUAUUAAGCCUGAUCAUGAUAUGGAUGCCUGGAUGAAGGCAGUAGCAACAGAAGGGCAAGAGAUCAAUGUGAUUACUGAUUAUAUUCUAAAGAUUUUAGGACUAGACGUUUGUGCAGAUACAAUGGUGGGAGAUGAGAUGAUGAGGGGUAUUUCAGGAGGGCAAAGAAAGCGUGUUACAACAGGUGAGAUGCUUGUUGGACCGGUCAAUGUGCUGCUUAUGGAUGAGAUAUCUACUGGCUUAGACAGCUCAACAACUUUCCAAAUUGUGAACUCAUUAAAGCAAUCUGCUCAAAUUCUUAAUGCAACCUCUAUCAUCUCUCUUCUCCAACCUGCACCAGAGACAUAUGAUCUAUUUGAUGAUAUCAUACUUUUAUCAGAUGGUCAGAUUGUGUACCAGGGUCCUCGUGAACUAGCGAUGGAAUUUUUUGAAUCCAUGGGUUUCAGGUGCCCAGAAAGAAAAGGGGUGGCUGAUUUCUUGCAAGAAGUGACGUCAAGAAAAGACCAGAAGCAAUAUUGGGCACGUAGAGAUGAGACUUAUCAUUUUGUUACAGUAGAGGAAUUCUCGGAGGCGUUCCAGUCGUUUCAUGUGGGAAGAAGACUCAAAGAUGAGCUCGCAACUUCAUUUGACAAGAGCAAGAGUCACCCAGCUGCUUUGUCAACCGAAAAGUAUGGAGUCAGCAAGAAGGAGAUGCUUAAAGCUUGCUUCUCAAGGGAAUUUUUGCUCAUGAAGAGGAACUCAUUUGUUUACAUCUUUAGGCUGACCCGGCUAAUUCUAACCGCGCUGAUUACAAUGUCAACCUUUUUUCGGACUACGAUGCAUCGAGAUUCAAUAAAUGAUGGGGGAAUUUACACGGGUGCCUUCUUCUUUGCUGUGGUUGGAAUGAUAUAUAGUGGCAUGCCCGAACUUUCCAUGGCCGUUACAAAGCUUCCUGUGUUUUACAAGCAAAGAGACCUCUUAUUCUAUCCAUCGUCAGCCUAUUCUCUUCCUUCAAUGAUCCUCAAGAUCCCUGUCACAUUUGUAGAAGUCAGUCUCUGGGUCUUUAUCACCUAUUUUGCCAUUGGAUUUGACCCUAGCGUUGAAAGGUUUUUGAAACAGUACGUAUUGCUCAUGUUUCUUCACCUGACGGCUUCGGCAUUAUUCAGAUUUAUUGCUGCAUUGGGAAGGAAUAUGAUAGUUGCUAACACAUUUGGGUCAUUUGCUCUAGUAAUACUUUUUGCCUUGGGGGGCAUGGUCCUUUCGCGAGAUGAUAUAAAGGUUUGGUGGCUAUGGGGAUACUGGACGUCGCCCAUGAUGUAUGCACAGAAUGCAAUUGUAGUAAAUGAGUUCCUUGGAGAGAGUUGGAGUAAGGUUCUGCCAAACUCAUCACAACCACUCGGAGUUAUGGUUUUGAGUUCGCGGGGGUUCUUCACUCACGCAUAUUGGUAUUGGAUAGGACUGGGUGCAUUAUUCGGAUACUUUUUACUUUUCAACAUCAGUUUCACUCUAGCUCUCACUUUCCUCAAUCCAUUUAGGAAGCAUCAUACUACUAUACAAAAAGAAGAAUCUCAAAAUGAUGCUGAUACAACUGGAGAGACCAUUGUUGAAGCAGCAAACCAUGCGAAGAAAACUGGAAUGAUUCUUCCCUUUGAACCCCACUCAAUCACGUUUGAUGAAAUUACCUACUCUGUUGAUAUGCCACAGGAAAUGAAAAAUCAGGGCGUACCUGAGGACAAAUUGGUGCUUUUGAAGGGUAUAAGUGGUGCUUUCAGGCCUGGUGUUCUAACAGCCUUAAUGGGCGUUAGUGGUGCCGGUAAAACUACUUUGAUGGAUGUUCUGUCUGGAAGAAAAACUAGUGGUUAUAUUGAGGGGAACGUCAAAAUUUCAGGGUACCCAAAGAAGCAAGAAACAUUCGCAAGAAUUUCUGGGUAUUGUGAACAAAAUGACAUUCACUCUCCACACGUCACUGUGUAUGAAUCCUUGAUCUACUCAGCUUGGCUUCGACUUCCCCCUGAAGUCGACAAUGCAACAAGAAUGAUGUUCAUUGAAGAAGUCAUGGAGCUUGUAGAACUGAACCCUAUAAGGCAAGCUUUGGUUGGUUUGCCUGGUGUUAAUGGUCUGUCAACCGAGCAGCGUAAGAGGCUCACAAUUGCUGUUGAGCUAGUAUCUAAUCCAUCUAUAAUAUUCAUGGAUGAGCCAACUUCAGGACUGGAUGCCAGGGCCGCGGCAAUUGUUAUGAGAACAGUUCGAAACACAGUGGACACUGGACGAACAGUUGUGUGCACAAUCCAUCAGCCAAGCAUUGAUAUAUUUGAAGCUUUUGAUGAGCUGAUCCUAUUGAAGCGAGGAGGACAAGAGAUAUAUGUGGGGCCUCUGGGUCAUCAGUCCUGCCAUCUAAUCAAGUAUUUUGAGGAUGUUCAAGGUGUCGAUAAAAUUAAAGAUGGUUAUAAUCCAGCUACUUGGAUGUUGGAGGUUACUUCUUCAGCCCAAGAAAUGGCUCUGGGAGUUGAUUUUGCUCAAGUUUACGCAAGUUCAGAACUGUACCGGAGAAAUAAAGCUCUUAUUGAGGAUCUUAGCAGGCCUUCUACCGGUUCAAAGGAACUCUAUUUUCCGACUCAAUACUCACAGUCGUUUUGCGCCCAGUGUAUAGCUUGCUUGUGGAAGCAACACUGGUCAUACUGGCGCAACCCACAAUACACAGCCAUAAGAUUUGUCUUCACAGUCAUCACAGCGUUGAUCUACGGUUCAAUGUUCUGGAACUUAGGAUCCAAAAUGGAAAAGCAACAAGAUCUUUUUAACGCGAUAGGUUCAAUGUUCGUCACUGUGAGUUUUCUUGGCGUCCAAUAUGCUUCAUCAGUGCAGCCCGUUGUGGCUGUUGAAAGAACAGUCUUCUACAGAGAAAGAGCUGCAGGAAUGUAUUCCGCCUUGCCAUAUGCCUUUGCUCAAGUUGUGAUUGAACUCCCAUAUAUUUUUGCUCAAUCCUUAAUAUAUGGUCUGGUAGUCUAUGCAAUGAUCCAAUUUGAGUGGACUGCGGCUAAAGUUCUUUGGUUUUUCUUCUUCAUGUAUUUCACAUUGUUGUACUACACCUUCUAUGGCAUGAUGUCAGUUGCUUUGACACCAAAUCAACACGUUGCAUCCAUCAUGAGCACUUCAUUUUAUGGAAUGUGGAACCUAUUUUCGGGAUUCGUGAUCCCUAGAACUAGGAUUCCUGUGUGGUGGAGAUGGUACUACUGGGCAUGUCCAGUGGCAUGGACCUUGUAUGGAUUGCUUGUAUCGCAGUAUGGAGACAUAAAGACUACGCUCGACACUGGUGAAACAGUGGAAGACUUCUUAACAAGCUAUUUUGGUUACAGACGCGAUUUUCUUGGAGUUGUUGCAGCUGUGGUGCCUGGAUUUGCUCUCCUGUUUGCUUCCAUUUUUGCCUUUUGUAUUAAGGCAAUUAAUUUCGAGAGGCGGUAGUAGCUGUCUAUAUACUGAACCAUCAACUACUACUACUUGAUGUGAUCAUGAAAUUUCUGUUUAGAAAAGUUAAAAGAGAAUGUGUUGCAUUCUUGAUGUUGUGUUUGUCUUUAAUGUAUUUGAGAUGAAGAACAGAUUGUGAUACAGUAAUAGGAAUUUUAGAGAUAAGUUGUGGCAAAAUAAAGUGAAAAUUUAGGGUUUAUAUGGCAAGAUUACUCAUGUUCUUCACUCUUUUAUGCCUCGGGAAAUUCAAACUCUUUGUCUGCUUGUUUUCAGCCUUUUUUCCACGAACCAUUCAUGUUUUGAUGCAAUGAAUCUGAGUCCAACGACAACUCCAUCAACCACUUCACUUGCAUAUCCUAUCGCAAAAAUCAUCAACAAAACAUAUGCUAAAGAACCACCUGAGCCCUGAUCAUCUUUCCCAGUCAAAGGCGAUGGAGGUGAUUCCCCUGCAUUUCCUC